AGUGCGCGAAUUAUGUUACCUUUCUUUGCAUAACGAAACUGUCAGAUAACGUGUCAAGCCUUGCGGAUUCAGCGAAGAGCUCGAUGCUGGUAGCCGACUUGUGCAUGAAAUAUGUUGUGAAUUAUGAUGGCGGAACGGACACGUGGCAGACGGUUUCAAACGUUAUUCUGAACAACUGUAUUUAUUUAACGAGCCCAAUGCACCAAACAUAAAUUAUUGUUAUAUCCGGUACAUACACCAGACGAAGGCACUCAAAUCCUUAAGUCGAUUUUUUACUGUGUAAUAAAACACGCCGACUUGAAAAUUUACAUAAAAAUACGACACUCUAAAUUGUUUGAAGACUGCAGAUUUGCAAUUUAAGAAAGACAAACAUGCAGGCUCCCAUCAAACUAAUGAACGUUUUCUAUUACUAUUACAUACAUACAACAUUCAAUGUUUGGUUUGAGCUACUUUAGUGCAGAAGGAAAAUUCCCGAGCGUAGGAAAAUCAGUGUAUUUCUUGUAGUGACGUUAAACCAUCCCAAAUGGAAGCAUAAUUUCGUGAAACAGGAGAAAGGUUUUGACUGCAGAAAGACAUAGAUUAGAAGAAAAGUGAUUUUCGUAAGUGCAAGAAAAAGAACGACACCAUAUUUUCCUUCGUCCUCCUGGGAGAAGAGUGAAACGGAAUGAGAGAUGACCGGAUAGGGAAAGAGAACAAGGAGCAGAACGCGCAGAAGAAAACCACCCGACUAUCGGGGGCGAAAUCAGAUAUUUUUCCUUCGAUUUUUCCAUCAUCGUUAAUGUUUGCUGCUGGUGCUAUCACUAUAAGCAAGAAGUGAAGAAAGAAAAAGCUUCUUCUGCCUCCACGUGAACGUCGGAGAAGAAAAGCGCGGAGGUAGGGAAGAGUCAACGCAUAGCAAGAGAAAUCACAAAGGAGACGGGAAAGGAUUAACAAUAAUGCGGUAGUGAAAAUUCCUUUCGCAGCAAUGGCAUUAGGUUUAUGGGAAAAGUUUCAAGUAAAAAGUGUAGUGCUUGCAAGUUGAAAAGUGAAAAUUUUUGUUACCCCAUGCAUGGACCUAUUUUCACUGCCUCAGUAAUUCUGGGAUGGCUGUGUAUGAAAUAAAACAUCGAAUAUCAUAAAUAUUCUUCAGAAUCAGGUUGUUCAUCGACAGUAACUAAAUAGCAAAAUGACUAAAUCGAGUGUGCAUUAAGCUAACCAUAGUUUUCCCGAAUGCAAGGAAGAUUUCCCAAUAGUGAAUCGGUUUACCUCCCACCUACAGUGAAAACCCGUAAAAAAUCACCGGAAGAGGGAUGGUGACCCUGUUAUUCCAGAGAAUAAUGAAACGGCCUAGUUAGACCGCAGGCAUUCCGCGCUUUGCGACAACUUCGUAGGAGAGAAAAACUUAUGCUGCUAGGCGUUGACGUAUUUCCGGAGGGACUGGGACGCUGAUAAACUCAACUAAUUUCGAUUCAUUUCAAUGGGCACGCUUACGUCGUCCUCGACGACAACCACCUUCCCCGCCCCGAAAUCGAAAGUCUGCGGCACAGGCCAUGAAGAGGAAACGUCAGAAACCCGCCCUCCAACAGCGUCAGCAGCGGCGACGACGACCGCGUCGGCGACGUCUACAAUGGAGCGGAACAGCCGAGCUGACGCCAGCGGCCGGUCAGCAGCACUCGAGCGAGCCUACGUGCACGAUGUGUACGAGCACUGUGAGGAACCGGUUGGCCAAGUGCGACCCAAGGUGGCACAAUUCCUAGCGGGACUCGAGCCCGGAUCGGUAGUGUGCGAUGUCGGCUGUGGAAACGGGCGAUAUUUAUCCGGGUUUAAUCCCACGAUCUGUACCAUCGGAGUGGACCGCUGCUACCGUCUUACGAAGGUCGCUCACGGGAAGGGUUCGGAGGUGGCAAUAUGUGAUAACCUGGAACUGCCAUUCCGUGAAGAAUCGUUCGACGCCGUUCUCUCGCUGGCAGUGGUACAUCACUUCGCGACAACCGAACGACGUGUCGGGGCUAUACGCGAACUUGCUAGGAUUUUGCGUAUCGGAGGCCGAGUCAUCAUCACAGUUUGGGCCCUGGAACAGCGACACCGACGAUUCGAAUCACAAGACGUACUGGUUCCCUGGCAGCCACCGCGCUCGAAAAAUGCAGCCAUUUCGGACGAAGAAGACGACGAUGACUUUUUACCACCGUACCACGCGUAUACGGAAGAUUCGACCAACUCGAGUCGCUCGGCUGGCGAUGGAGACAGUUCUAGUUUAUCCUCGUCAUCACCGGGUGAAACGUGCUAUAGCUUCGUUAGGCGAGCUAUACAGAAACUGGCUGGCAGUAAGAAGAGCCCAUGGUUCCUGGAAUCGUGGAGUUCGCGGGAGACGAAACAAGACAGCAGUCUGGACUACGAGGAUGCCAAGGAUCUUCCAAUCGAGCUGAGACGACUGGAGGACUUCGACGAUCUACCGGAGCCACCGCUGUCUGCCGGUCUUAAAAGCCGGAGCUUAGGUAGUAUAUUAAAUCCACCACCAAAAACCAUAGUUAGAUCACGUUCAAGUGUACCAAGUUUAGGUGCUCAAAUACCUGAAUCGAAAGCAACGCCUGCUGAGCCAUCAGCAUCCCGAAGACCAAAACUAGUUAAACAAAAACAAUCAUUAUGUGAUGAUAUUGAUUACAAGCUGAGCGAAUCGGCGGAAGCCUACCAGGAGCACAUAUUACGUAACGAGUCGCGAAUUCAGCUGCUAAGAAAGCAAAGCUCAUUGAACGAAGAGCUCAUGACGGAGAGUCGGUUGCGCGAUAAAGAGCGAAUCCGAAAACGAAUACAGAAACAGAUGUCUUUGAAUGAAUCGUUUCUUUGUCGGUCAUUGUUCACCAAACGACUACAGGUGAUCAAGGAAGGAUUCACGACGAAGCUGAAGACUUCAACCGGUAGUUUGGAGCGAGUGACUAAGAAUGGAUUUGUCAAGAUAAUGCAGAACAUCAAAGCAACCGCUCAAGCCCACCACAGUAACAAUCACGCGCACAAUCGAUCGUACGACUCGUACGUUCCUGGCUAUUCGCCUCAUGGUCACGACGGUCGUCCUGGAGGGCAUCACCUGUCUAGGAACAACUCCAUGAAUAACCACGGCAGCAGCAGUGGCAACAACGCUGACAAACUCUGCGGAAUGGGCACCAGCCAAGAUGACUCGAAACCCCGUCGUCAUUCGCGGGAAAGUGGUUCGGGUAAGUUGACCAGUCGACGGUCCGUUAUCCGUUUAUUUUCAUACACUAUUUUCAAAACAAAUUUUUCUUGUAUUUUCUCUCUCUGGUAUAUCAAAAACCGAAAAAAAACUUCCUUCUUCUCUUUACGAAUUGUUUCCACCGCCACACCAUCCAUCCUUCUGCCAUUGGUAAUGUUCAUCUGUUUCAUUUCGACAGAGAGUUUUCGUUCCACUUUCAUUAAACGUCAACGUUUCGCGGACUCCUCCAAGGAUAGCAGUUUACAAAGUGACACUAGCAUCGAGUCCGAAGAUAGUUUCGCAUCUGUAAUCUACAUUCCAAAAGCGGACGCGCAGCAGCAGAACAACGGCACUGUUGACGGUUUCUGUCCCGGUGCAUCGCGCAUACCUUCAGGGCCAACAUCCCCACUGGUAAUGCCCUGCCCGACACCGGCCCAUUCUCCAGCGCCACCACGCACCAUGCUAAACUCCGUCAACGGAAAAAGCUGUGUUGGCGAGCUCAGCAAAUUUACAUUCGAAGAUGCUUCACUGUUGCACAAAAUGGGCGAAGCUUCAGCAUCAUCACCAUCAUCAUCUGUACAAAGCACAUCUAGUACUAAUAACAAAUUACUUAAAUCCCCGCCUUCAAAUGCUUUUGCUUGUACAAAUUCAACGACUCCAUUCGCCUCCAGCAGCAGUAGUACCAGCUUAGUCUCGACUAGCAACAGUAACCACGGCAACGGCAGCACUUCGACGACGACAGCUAAGCCGCUUGUUCCGAAAAUUACACGCCAACAAAUCAAGGAUAUGCCACCUAUACCGAAGUUCAGGAAAAGUGGCAACUAUCCCAUACUUCGGAGGCAGUCCUCCACUAGCACGUCGGCUCCUGUAGUGCCAAAAUUAUUAUCACUAGAGCUGUUCAACCCAGAAACGGAUGACCUCGACAGUGACUCCAGUGAACCAUCAUCUCCGGAUUCAAUCGAUAGUGUGAUAAGCGCCUUGCGACCAUCAAUAUCGCCUCAACCGGCCACCGUACAGCCGACCAACCAGAUAGUGGGAACCACUAUUCCUCCACUGGUUGAAGCAGCUGCUGUCGUAGCUCACAAACUGGAAGAUGCCGUUGAGUUAGUGAUACGAGAGAGCGAAAUCAAACCUAAACUAAUCAAUGGGCUGUCGGAUUCUCACAGCCGUAUCCACGAUCCAGAUCCCGACGAUACAUCUUGUCGGCAGCAUUUGGUAGAUUUUGCUGAAAAACUGAGCGCUCAACUGCUCAAAGAACUAGAUAGUGAAAAGAACCGCGACGAAGACAGCUUCGAUUACGACGACGAUGUGUUCAAUGACACCAAGUUCAAGAAUAAACAAACACUAUCACUUGCUGACGCACAGCCGUACUUGAAAAAGCUAAACGGAGACCUGCGAGAUCUCAAUCAGCUGCGAGCGGAGCUCAGAGAGCGAAGACUCAUGCUAGCAAAUCUCAGCCACCUUGGAUCGAGUGGUUUAGGUGGAAGCAACGAUUCACUUGGCCACAGCUACGGAUCGUCGAUGACUCCCAUUAUUCAGGAAGAAUCCGAUGAUGACGAAGAGUUGAUUGAGUUGGAGCAUGAUGACUUUGACAGCUGCUAUGGAUCACGAGGAACCAAAACAAACCAUACCAAGAGCGACGAGUUCGUUAUUAUUCCUGAGCUGGACGAGGACGAUACAGAAAUGACUAAUGACACAGCUUUAUUGAUACAGGAAGAGGAUAGCUCGGAGGAGCAUCUUCAAAACAUUGAUAUAGAACAUCUAAACACUAGCAACAGUAACAAUAAUAAUACGAAUGAUAGUCAUUUAUCUACCAGUAGACAUAGUUUACCCCUCAAAACGAUCAAUCUGAGCUCUACUCAGCUAGGUGUACAUAAUGAGAACUCAAGAAAACAAACUGAAACUGAAGGCCACUCGAGCAAGAUCAACAACGGCAGUCAAUGUACAUCAAGCCAGCGAAGCGCGACUCACGGAACUACUUUAGUGGGAGGGGCCAAGGAUACUAGCAGUAAUAAGAAAAUGCCUAGUACUAACAAGUCAUCGAUCGAAUCUCAUACCAGUGUCGACUCGUGGGCGCACUCGAAUAGUUCAGCCUCGCUGGACAGUCCCUCGGUGGGAGGUUCGGCAACCCAUCAUCGCUAUUACCACGUGUUCCGCGAGGGUGAGCUGGAUGCACUGAUCAACCAUCACGUGACCAGUUUGCACAUUGUUUCGUCCUACUACGAACGGGCUUCGUGGUGUGUAGUAGCGGAAAAGGUACAAGUCUGGACCAUUUAAAUUGCUACUUCUUGCAACUUAUUAACGGAAACUCUUCGGCCAAUUUUUUUAACUGGUAACAUUUCCGAUAGAUUCAGGGUGUCCGAUGUACAAACCAGAUCUAUUAUUUGCUUCACCAUUCCAUGACUUGGGAUUAUGUUAUCAGACUCUCACAUCCUCAGUUAUUGUUAUCAUCCGAAACUAUUUAUCGUCUUGUUUUUCUUUACUGGGUAUCUGUUAAAAUGUUCGCAAAUCGUUUGACGCAUUGAAUAACAACAACUUUCUCCUUCGUCAAAUGAUUGCUAGUUUUCAGUGUUGGGAAGAAAAGUGUUUAACUUCAUUACUGAUAUUUGAUUGACCACGUAAAACCCAUUAAAAUAGUUUAAAAAUUACUAUUGACAGGAAACACCACAGUUAAGAUCCCGCUAAACAUUGUUGAAGAGCCCAUUUGUUCAAAAUAAUUUUCUUUGGGAGAUAAUCAGUUUGAUGACCGUAGGAGGUAUUGGUUCCAUCGGAAUCGCAAACAUCCUUCAACAAGGUUUGAGUUUUUUCUUAAAGGCCGUUACUAGCGACCAAAAUGAUUUUAAAUAAGAAGAAAUUUGACAAAACUUUUUUUCUGAAAAUCACUGCUGCGUCUACCAAAAAUGCACGUAUGUAUUGUCAAGUAGGAGCAGAUAUGCCUAUCGACCAUCUACUUUUACUUCUUUGCAAUUGUUUCACGGGGGUAGGCGUUAGCUGUUCAUGUAACCUUACCAGUGGCGGAUCCAGAAAAAGAAUUCGAGAGGAGUCUGAAAUUUCGGUUUUAAAAUGAACAUUGUACAAUUCGUAAUCAGAGAUGCCAUUAUGCCAUUUUUUUUCUGGCACAGCCAGAGUUUUUGGAAGCUUCCAGACAAAAAGACAAACCUCUCAUUCUGCCAGAUUUUUAAACUUUAGAAGCUGCAACACACACAUUUUGGAAAAUUGGGUGAAAAUUUUACAAAAAUCUAUUGAUACAGGUUCUAUGAAAACUAAAAUGUAUUCCAAAUUUCGAUGACUUUGAGGUCGCUGUCAAGUGCCAGAUUUUGCCAGACAUUUUUAGUUGGACCGCCAGAUUUUCUUUGCAAAAUAGUGACAACCCUGUUCGUAAUACAUAAUAAACUUAUUUAAUGAAUAUAAGUUUUGUCAGUCAAAUUUGGUUUUGGGAUGAUUUUAAGCUUGAAACUAAUAUAAACUUGAAACUAAUUUAAAAAUUUUCAACAAGUACAAAAAAUUCGGAGGAGAUCCGGACCCCCAGGACCCUCCCCCUGAAUCCGCCACUGAGCCUUACCUCGAUAUUGUCAUUUUCCAUAAAACGAGAAUUUUAAUUUCAACAUUGCCACUUUCAACCUACUGCAUUGAAUAGUAAUAGCACUAAAAUAUUUCAUUUCGUAAAGACUCGGACGUAUGGAACAAAAUUUGAAGUCAACCAUCGCGGAAUUGGGUCGAAGCCGCGCAUUUUUCAACUUCACUAAGGACGACAAGAAUAAAUAUUAUGUUUUUUUGUUCCUAACACAAUAUCUACUAAUUAUUUUUUACUUUGCUCGUUUGUAGCUCCCACUUGAAAGAAGUAGAAGAUUGACUAAGAGUUCUCCUUUGUUCUAUAGACAAUGCACACAAGAUAAAAGCAACUGUUUUAUCAUUCGCUUUGCGCUGGCUCGGGCAGUAGCAGGAAGCACACUGAUAUUAUUCGUGGUUGAAAAUAGAAUGGUUCUGAAUGAGGAGUUAUUUUUUUUCCUGAAAAUUAUUGCUGCGAUUGUCAAAAAUUCACGAAACACAUAACUGGAUAGUCAAAUUAUCCCGGAAACCAUGCCAAUCUGGACCUCUCGUUGCACACUCAGGAGCAAGGAUGUUUCUUUGUCUUACGUUGUAGUCCUCAAUAAGAACGACCCUAUUCAUGCUCCCCGUCCUGUUGCCCCACCAUGUCCUGCCGAGAAUUAGAUUAGGGUAUUCUGCGGUGAUGAGCUUUAUCUACCGCCAAAUGAAAAAUGAUAUAUUGGCUUAAAUGGCACGUUCCUCAUAUGUAGUAGGGGAUUUGUACCUUGCCGUGUCUUCUCAUCAUUUCUUGAUCGGAAGGAAGGGAGGAAGUCGAUUUGGAAUGGUGAGAAAAAUAACACCACAAAAACGAACAGAACGCAAGUUAAACUCGCAAGUAGUUCAAAUUGCCUGCGAGUAAGCCUAAAGCUCUUUACUACAUUGGAUAAGGAACUCUACUAUGUCUUUAGUUUCCCAGUUUGUAGAUUUAGGAUUACAAUAUGUUACAACAUUAAGGGUGACAUCAAGAUGAUCGAAAAACAUAUACUAUUCUGAAAGCCCCCUCUCCUCCCACAUUGUGCUGAAUGUCAAAGUAAGCUCAAAUGCCAAAUUUCGCAUCAUUCGAAGAAUUUUUAAUCCCCGCCUUUGUUUCAAGUUGGGAUAAAAAGAAAAGAAAUACAUUAAAUGUUAUAACUUUUGAAAUAACCCCCGGAAAAUUAUCGGUAAUACUUUUUUUAAAGGAAACAACCUUAGGAAACAAAAUUUGACUGGAAUUAUGUUGUUUCUCGACAAAUAUGAGAAGUUUGGCUUUUGCGAUGUACCUUGUUGAACGCGGGAGAUCCCCAGGAAAAUGGAAGAUUUGUUAUUUUUAAAAUUCAGAAACUUUUUUUUACAUUUAGUCUCGAAACUGCAAUGCUUAAUUUCCCCUAAACGCGGAUUUAGUGAUUGGACCUAAUCUCAUCAGCAGCGUCUUAGGCAUUAGGUUUACACCAAAUACAAAAACAAACGACACGCCUUGUGUAAACACCUGCACAACCAGUGUUGCCACAAUUAAAUCUGUACCGGGAGUUGAAAAAUCUUUCCUAUCUGUACUCUGCUAUAGAAAAAUCUGUACCGGAUUCUGUACCGAAACAAUAACAAGGUUGUUUAGAAAAAAUCAUUUUUCUUAUACAUAUUUUUCAUUUGGGGAAAUCAAACCAGAAAUUUUGACUCUUCUCUUUCACAAUAAACCUCUUCACUCCUAUGUGUUUUGCUCCCAUGUGUGCAUUCUACUCCAUGGCCGCACACCUCAAAGAGUAGAAAUAAAGAGGCUCUUUAGUGUGCAUCAUGGUCCCAUGCGCACGGAAGCAGAGAAGACAACCAAAAAACAUUAAAACGUUCUUCCGAUCAAUCUUUAUCUGAAUCUGAAUAGUUUGAUUCCCCUUCCUCCCUGUUUGCCAGUGAGGGGAGGCACAAAAAAGUGGCUCUUCAAGGUGACUCAAUGUGCGAAAUUUUGCAUCUCUUGGUGCACAGCUCUUUCUCUUUUUCGUUUUCAAGUUUCUCUUUGGGCGGGUGAUCUCCACAUCGCAGUGUUCUUGUGCCGCUCUUCUUUUGUGUUUCGCUCUUUGUGCACAUUAUGCGAUGCAUCUCAAGGUUAAAUUAUUUUACUCUUCUGUCAUCUAAAAAAAUCUGUACCAAUCUGUACUUUUUUACAAAAAUCUGUAAUCUGUACCGUACAGAAUCUGUACCAAAAACGCUUCAAAAAUCUGUACACUCAAAAAAAAGUAAACGUUAUGCCUAUUGAUUUUACACAUAGAUUUUUGCAAUUAACGGAGGCAUAUAGACACUAUUUGCUGGCACAUAAACCUAAUGUGUGUAUUUACAAGAAAUAUUAAUCUUACAUUCACAUUUCAUAACUAUUAGGCACAUAAAACCCCAUUCUAUAACAAUAUGCACAUAUAACUUAUGUGUGUGCAUACAUAGUUUAUACAGUUGACACAUAGAAGGUAUGUGUGCGCGUGAUAACAAUAGCAUUCCUUUUUCAUAUGAAUUUUAAGCGGUUUGAGGCAAAUAGAUUUAACGUUUGGAUUUUUUUCAGUGUACCUUUCUAGAUAAAUCUGUACUUGUGGCAUCACUGUGCACAACUGACAUUACAGGAAGAGCAGAAGCGCAAGUGAUAAGCAAAAUCCGUUUUUUGUUAGUGAGCUAACGCAAAGCACUAUGCUUAAUUUCUCCCAAAAAUGAAAGUCGGAUAAAUCCAAUAUACAAACAAAGACCAGCACGGAAAAUGGUGCAUUAUGCAAUUCUAGUUUGUUUUUGAUCCGGAAAUAAUAGGGAUCUUUAAUUUGGAAAAAUUGUGCCAGUUUUUCAUAUUUAUUGGUAGCGGGUGUCCUUACGAGUACACUCAUAUCAUUCUUAAACCUUAAUUAUUCUUUUAUGAUUUUUAAAUUUAAAAAAACCAAAUUAAACUCAACCAGCAAACUGACAGUUGCCCUACUAAAUGACGCAUCUGCAAAUAUCUCGUUCGCCUCAUUGUUAACCGGGACAGCACCCCACACAGCAUGAUCUGGUACUUUGUCAAUCCGCUAGCAACCUGCCAUCUCAAGUUUCAUCUGCAAACUAUGGUAGAUCUGAUAAGGCAACCUAUAGGGUCGUGCAAGUCGCAUGGGUUUGGAUGUGUUAUUGUCCUAAAAGGAAACAAACUAAAAAAUGUUUUUUUCAAUAGUUUCGGGCCAAAAAAUUGAAAAAGGGCUGAGAUAUUAACUCACGGUACUAAUCUGCAUCAGAAUAUGCCUUAACCCGCACACCCCUAAAGAUCCCUAUUGAAUGACUGCGCUGCAUCGAAAUAAUGAAUGAUGAAGCGAACAACCGAAACAUCACCUUGAACGCAGUAGGACAUGAAGUGGAAUUUUACAGGCACGUCUACUAAUUUACUGCCAGAACAUCUUAUUUUUGGUAACUUUAGCAAAAAAACAAUUGUUCGUUCGUAAACAACCACCACCACGGAAACUGCAUUGAAAAACCAAAGAGAUUUUAGAUAUGCCUCACUCUUAAUACUGUCACUAGGGUUACCAAACAGAUAUGUCCUCUUCAAAUUUAUUAGAAUGUAAAAAUCGGAUGCAUUGGGCGAAAAAAUUGGAAAGAGAUAAGUAUAAGUAUCGCUUACAAAAGUCUCGAUCAAAAAAAAAUUCAAGGAUGGACCUCCAGUAUAAAAAGCGAUUCGAAAUAAAUAAUUCAUACGCAGGUAACUUCGUAUAACGACACUAUCAAGGUGAAAAGUUGGAUGCAGAAAAGUACUUUGUAAGAACCGGAUAUAUUUUUCCAUUUUUUUUUUCAUUUUUUAUUUUGAUUAUGUAGUUACAUUUUCUUUUUUUUACAUUUUAAGGGCAUUCAAUUAGCUAGAGUUUACUGAGUAGGGAAAGUUAUGAAAAUUUAGAGCCAUAGUACUCAAGUGAGAGCAAGGAUGUGAAGUAUUCUGGUUGCAGUUGAAAAUCGAGAUAUUGAACUUGCGCCUUUCUGGUCAUUAGAACAGGCUUAAUAUCUUACGGGCUUAACUUUUGUCUUCUGCUGAUGUGGGACGAGCUUAGGCUCUGACUUGAGUGCUAUGGCUUUGGCUAGCUAAUUGAAUGUCGUUAAAGUAUAUUUUUACAGCUUCUAUCUAGCGGCAGAUCACCUGUGAUGUAAUUUAAAAAAUCAACAAAAUUAAAUGCAUUUACUUCACAUCAAAAUAGAAAUGAAAACUGCAUUUUGCGCUGCCUGUAAAACGUCAAAUUCCUGCAAGAAACUACACUGAAAAAACUAAACACGUUUACAUCAUGUGGAAAUGUAAAGGUUUAUCCAGCUGUGUUGGUAUUGUGCUGUUUUGACGUUUGAAUUGGGAGGAAAACAAAUCGUACGCACGGCGAAUUGGGAGGAAAACAAACCGCUUCUGGGUUUAAGGGGAGAGCGGUAGUAUACAAAUAUCAGAUCUCAGUGUGCGUAUUUUAAACGUCAGAUAUUGAAUUAUUUCAAUCCUCAAACACAUGAAGUGCACACGAUUACCAUUUCAAUAUCCAUUCGAGAGUGGAAAUAUGGUUUUCAAAUGGAAUUCAUGCAAACAUUGUGUGAAAAGCACAUCAACAUCUGAAGAAAUAUACCAUUGACUAAAAUUUCCAAAUAAAUUAAUGUUAACGUGAAUAUCACUUCGUUUUACUUAUAGAUUUAACUGGCAGUAGAAUCGGUGAAAUCAAUUGAUUUACAUGCUUAUCGUGCGAAAGUCAUGUGGAAAGUUCAUACUUUACGACUCAACAACAUGGUAAUCAACAUUCAAUGAAAAAAAUAUGUCAAAUUCACGUGGAAUUUGUUUGAAUAUAAUUUGAAAGACCACAUGAAAUGCGUUUUAAUUGUAUUCCAUGUGAAAUUCGGCGGAAAAUCAUUUGUUUUGCUGUUUAACGUGAAACGAUCAUGAAAGUGAUGUUUAAUUUCUUAUGGUUUUAUCAUGUGAAUUUUUUUAGUGUAGCUCUACAUCCAACAACGUUUGUUGACGGCGCCAGUGGUUGAGUGGUGAGCGUGAUCGCCGCUCACCUAGUUAGUCGGGGUACAAUCCCAGCGGAGGUCGGUGAGAUUUUUUGUUCAGCGAAUUUUGACAGUUUUGAAUUGCUGUAAUUUCAGCGAAAUAUUUUUUGCUGGAAGUAUUGCUAAUAUUUCAGCAAGGCAAAAUUUUGCUGAUAUUCGGCAAUCAAAAUGUAAGUGUGUAAGGUCACGCCUUCCUUCGGAAGGGAAGUAAAGCCAUUGGUCCCCGGUACAUGAGUUGAUGGGUAGUCCAGUAGAUACAGAACACUAGAUUAGGAUUGUCGCUGGCAUCAGUGGUAGGAACAUCAUUGUUUUGAUUCCGGGAUAUACCUGUCAAAUGGGCCAAAUAAAAAGAAGCAAAAAAAUAAUCCUCUAUCGUCGUUUCAUAGCGACUAAUCAUUUUUGUUUCUUUUAGCCAGCAAAACAAUGGCCAUUCUUGUCUAAUGUGUUUUCACUAAUUAGAAUUCACAAAUUGUCUAAACAUGUACUGAAUUUUGAUAAAUUUUUAUUUCCUUGUGCGGUAUAUACAAACUCUUUCAUUUCAUAACAAUAACAGUCGAAAAUUUACACCGCGAAAAUUCGUUAUAUUGAAUAUAUUGAUUUCACACAUAAUUUUUUGCAAUUUGUAGUAGCAGAUAAAAAUUACCUAUCACGCAUAGAUAUCAUUGGAAAAUUAAUGAAAUUAUAAUAGUAUGCCACAUAGAAAUUUGUUACAUAUCAGAUAUCACAUCAUUUUUCUGUUUGCCUCUCGUUUAUUCUGUUGCAAACUUUAUGCAUUGGACGUUUUCGGUCUUGAAUGCAUAAAAAUCGCAGCAGAAUAAACGAGACUGAAAUGAAAAAUAGGCAAACUCAAUUUGAAGUUCACUAAACGGUUUGUGGUUAAAAGCAGGCCAUAUUUUUCUGCGUGUACCAAAAGCGCGGACCAAAGACUUUUACUAGAGAAACUUUCGAUACUUUGACAGAUAUAUACCGGAAGCAAAACAAACAUGUUCCGAGGCGAAAAUAAUGGGAACACCAGCGACAAUUCUAAUCUAGUGUUCUGUAUCUACUGGUAGUCCAGAUAGUGGGAGUUCAUCUCUCUGGCGUGCUUGGCCUCGUAGCGGAAAUAGGCCGACGGAAAACUAGAUCUAGAAGAAGAACAACGCUGGUUGCACAAAUUUUCCGGCGAGGCAGUGCAAUGUUGUUGCAAAAAUGGAAAUGAAAUGCUUUUUUUUAAAUUGAAUGCAAAUUUAUUAUACAUCCCUAGAGUGAUCUGCCCCUAGGUUUUUACAAUGAUGUUUUUUUUUUUCAAACAACAUCGAAAAGUUGUUGAUUUUGAUCGUUCACUUAAUGUAUCGUUGAUGAUGGGUGCUUAACUCUGAUCUUUUGUUGUGGUAAUGGUGGAGCAGAUUAUGAUGGUUAAACAUGGACCCCUAAAUGUGAACGAUACCCGCAAAAUGCAGUGUAAUUACCCCAAUACAUUCUGUAAAAAUUGAUGGCCAACUUUGAAUGGGAAAGUCGUGCAAAAAUUAGCUUUACAUUAUUCGAAUAAAUUUACAUCGAGUUGAUCUACUUUGACGUGUCCAAUGCUAAGUUAGAACCCCAGAAAUGUACAAGUCUUCUGAUCUGUGACAUAAACUCAAAAGAAGUUAGCAACCAAUUUGAACAAUUAAUGUAAACAUUAAUAAACUAGAACAAAAUAAUUACGACUAAGCGAGAAAAAGGCUCUAAACUGUAUUAUUUAUGUCUCUGUGAUUCAUAUAUUACAAUAAAAGGUAAAUAGCUAUAGGUGAAUAAAAAACGAGAAGUAAGUUUAUUAUAAUUCACAAAAACAACAGAACAAAAUCCAAUUAUAUUUCAUUUGGUCGAAAACGAAACGAACACGAGAGCACGACGAAUUAUACAUUAUUAGGAUUGAAUCGGGUAAUUCUAUCAUUUAUACUUAUUAGAGACUAUGAAGCAUGUGUGUCCAAACUAUUUCUAAGGACACACGUGAAACGGCGAUAGCAAAACUUAUUGUUGAUAUUGAGACAGGACAUUUUUCAAAGCAUACAUACAAACACACAUACUGAACAAAGUGAUAUAAAGUAAUAUUUAAACAUUAUGCCAUAACUCUCUAUGCAAAUAUUUAAUGUUCUUUUGCUGCCUCAUGGUUCCUAACAGAAGUUGUACUUUCUUUUAAUCUACUUCUAAUCAAAAGUUUCAUAUAUUUAUACAUUUGUUUAGUUAAGGCACUAUAGCAUUAUACACAUGCUACAAUUAGCACGUCAGUUCGCACCUUCAAAAUACCAUGGAGAAGUUGUUCCUGUUACUAGGAUUGAUUUUAGACUUUAAUCCUGGCACCUGGCUUCUCAUUACUUUUGAAGGCAAAAUCCACCUUAAUGGACUUAGUGAACCGCAAAGGCUCUCAACGUAUUUUAUAAAACCAAAUUACUUAGUCUUUUGCAGUGUUGCUAAUAUGACAUUUGUGCACAGUUUUUCUUUCUAUUACGAACCCCCAAUAGAAAUACUUCCGCUCACUGGCAUGUUUUUCAAUUUAUUUACGGUCAAGUAUCGACUGUAUAAGUGUGCGCUGUGGGAGCGGACAUUUAGGAACUGAUAGUGGUCUAUCAUAAAGGAUGACAAAUUUGACCGAAAAUUGAUUGCCAAUUAACAAAUAUACAAAGAGUUUGAGAUAUCCGAUCAAUAAUACAAAAAUUCUGCGUUUGUGUUGAUGUAAUUUGGUGACUAAAUUAUUUUCAACUCUAAGGGACCGAUGACAUGUUUAUGCGGAAAGCAGUGCAGUUGCGAUGAGCGAAUCGUACGCGUCAUAACUGUCUAAAAAGCGUGCGUGUAGAAUGUAUAGUCCUGUCAUAAUAAAAGCAGAACCAAGUGUCGCCGAACACAGCAAGUACCAUAUGAAGUGCUCAGUCAUGUUCACAGACGCUUCCUUUUCCGCGCCAGCAUGUCAAAGAUCUCAGCUCAUUUCAUAGCGUUAAUUUCUUUUUCAGUAUUCAAACUAGCGUUAGAGGUAUUGACGAAAACUUAUAUUAUGCAAACAAUAUUCCCAUGGUGGAUGUUACUAAAAAGGUCCGGAUUUUCAUCUUCGCAGUCGUUUGAUUUUAUUAAUUAAACUGGAUAUUGCUAUUGUGGUCAAUCGAAAAUGAUUUUUGUUGCAUUUGUUCAAUAUUUGUAAGAAACAUAAUCUUUUCGCCUGCCCUUUAAGGGUAAAUCAAAAAACAAACCAUACACAACAAACUACACUUUUAUAGAUAAGAUUCUAACUUAUGUUCGCCGAAUACGCUCUCUUCAUCUCCCGCUAUUUUUUCGACCAUACUACUCUCUCAACUUAAAAUAAUCAACUAACUUAAUCAUAAGUAACAACAGCAAAACGAACUACAAAACAACAAGAAACAUACAAAUCAGUUGAAACAAAUGCACACAGAUAAAUUAAAAGAAGAAAACAUAGACAAUGACAACAUCAAACAACAUAGUGAUCACUGCUAGAACAAUUAAGUAAAAAUAAACAAACAAACAAACAUUCAUAUCAGAAAAUAAUCGAAAUCAGUUACAUUCAAAUGCUAGGUUUAACAAUCUUUGAAAUAAAUGUGAUUUUAGAAAUAUUUUCGAGGUGUCAAACUGUUUAAAUGUGCAAAUUCCAUGCCACCUAUGAUCUUUUGAGUGAUAAAAACAAACUGUGAAAAGCAAUCAGGUUAAACUGACAAUUAGCGCGUCAGCCUGACGUAACUUCACCUUUAAAUGUUCCACGCCGUGCAAAGGUUCAUUGCAGUACAUUUUGCAUGAUUAAUGUUUCAAAAGGCGAGUAAAACGUUUUCUCCCAGCAUGUUGUCGGUGAUUUUGCGAAACAGAUAAAAAACAACGAUGCAACCUUUCUAACUCGUAUGUUCCUUAAACAGGCGAACCUGCCCCCGGGCAGAAUUGAAGAUAUGACUUUUCUCCAGAUGCAUAGCACAAAAUGUGAACACACUAAUAACUGUCAGAUGCAGCUAGAUCAAACCAACAGUAUUUCCCCGUGUGUUUGUCGUUAAAAACAAUGAACGAACCACGUUGCGCAAUCAUUUUCGUUUUGUGAGGUAGACACACACACAAUAUACCUAGAUAAACAAAUGCUAAGUUUUAUAUGCAAACAUCGAAAGAUCAACCAUUAAAAACCUUCAGUCAGAUCUUUCACGUGAGGUUUUUAUUAUUGGCAUUUUGUUUUAUUUUUAAAUUGAAAAGAAAAAUUUCACCAGGCUAUACAAAUCGCGUUCUGUACAAAUACAAUAAAAAUAGAUAAAACGAAUUGAGAAUAAAUGGAUUUACAAAACUUCACAAACAAGUAAUACAAUUCUUACAAGCAACCCAGAAUAUCAUUAAAUAAUCCAUUGCCAUAAAGCAUAACUACGAACUAUUGAGAGUCAACUAACACAAACAGAUCAUCCCAAAUAUUAGGUCAGAAUGUUUAUCUAUUCUUUGUAACAUCGGAUAGCAUCAGCAAACCGCGAGACAGGAAGUAAAUGGACGGCAAACGAACGCCUAUUGUACCACUUUCAACAAAAUAUAUGAAUAAUGUUAAUACAGUCUAAAAAAUAAAAAUUAUUAUAAAAACUGA